AUGGCUGAACUUCCAACUGACUGCGGAAAAACCAAGGGUAAAUCAGAACUCCCAGCCAGAAAAGGAGUGUUUAAGCACGGGUCCAACACUCAAUGUGACGCGGCAGCUAGCCAGCCUGCGGCCGUCAUUCCUGUUCGACCCUUGCUGGAUGGUCCUCACGGGGUCAAUCCUAAGCAUGAUAAUGGUAGGAUGGUAGAGUUUCGGUCAGAAGAUUCUGACUCGCCUAUGAGGAGGCGCAACCUGGAGGAAGCUAGUCGGCAUGUCAAGGAGGUUCGUCCGGGAAGAAGGACGAGACGAAUCUUGCAGAAGAAAAACGCGGACCGUUACUCUCUAGGGGCUCCUGUAAGACAGCAUGAGAGCGUCGCCCGAAGGAAGAAUGGCUGUAGCUCCGAAGAAAAAAGGGGGCGAAGGAGGACGUCCUCUAGAGGUCCCUUUAAGUUCAAUACGGCCCUUGACGAGAUCCUUCUUGCAGAAGGACCAAGUUUGGGAAUAGAACUGUCUCCCCGACGAUCGUCCACCUCCUGCCCACAAGUACCUUUCUGUGCUUUUCACAACGACGAAGGGCAUGACACUCAAAGUUGCCGGAUGUUGAGGAAGAUAUUAACUGAUCGCGUGACUGAAGGGCACCUUCGCCAGUACGUCCAUCUAGAGGAUGCACAUGAAGGAGCGAGCCCCACCUCUAAGUACACAAAUGAAAGAAUUAUGGUAAUAUCCGGAGGGAUAGCGGCAGGAGAACCAUGUAAGGAGGGACGACAAAAAGGCCCACCUCAUCUUCGCCCAGCACAGAGGAACCUACCCUCUGUAGAAAUUUCCGAAGACGACUAUAGAAGGGCGGCCACACCAUAUGAUGAUGAUCCUCUGGUUAUUGAGGUUAAGGUGGCUAAUCUUAAGGUAAAGAGAGUACUGGUGGAUACGGGAAGCUCGUCUGACAUAAUCAGUCUGCAAUGCCUGCGGAAAUUAAGGCACAAUCCAGGAGACAUAGAGCAAGUUUACGGGCCCUUGGUAGGAUUCGGGGGGAGCAUCGUUCGUCCAAUCGGUUCCAUUUUGCCGCCGGUUUCUUUUGGAGUUCCCCCAGUAGUCAAAGAAGUUGCCAUCAGCAACGGACGCGUUGGAUCCCUCUAUGGAAAUCAACAGUUGGCCAGGGAUUGUUACUUGUCGACGUUGGAGCCAACGGCCUGGGGAGCUUCUCCGAAGGGAAAGGAACAAACUAAACCUCUAGCGAGUCGCCGUAAAACCCGGAAAAUUCCGACAGAGCACAAUGCAGAAAGACGACAUGAGCCAGUGGGAGCACUUUAUGAUGUAAUUCUGGACUUAGCGGAUCCGUCUCGAACAGUCCCCAUUGGGGUCCACCCUGACGACCCUAUGUCAGCAGCGUUAGUGCAGCUACUCCAAGAAUAUAAGGAGAUAUUUGCCUUCACAGUAGAGGAGAUGCCCGGUAUAAACCCGGCGGUGGCCGUGCAUAAGUUGAAUGUGGACAGUACUGUGAAGCCAGUACGACAAAAGAAAAUGAAUCAUGGAGAAGCAAGAAAUUUGGCCGCCGCUGCCGAGGUCAAGAAACUAAUGGAUGCAGACUUCAUACGCCCAUGCCAGUACCCAGACUGGGUAGCCAACGUAGUCCUGGUACCCAAGCCCAAUAAGAUGUGGAGAAUGUGCGUUGAUUACACUGAUCUCAAUAAAGCAUGCCCUAAAGACAGCUUCCCACUGCCGAAGAUAGACCGACUCGUCGACUCCACUGCUGGACAUGCCAUGAUGAGCUUCAUGGACGCCUACUCCGGAUUCCACCAAAUUCCAUUAUGGCCCGAAGAUCAGGAGAAGACGUCUUUCGUCACAGAACAAGGAUUGUACUGCUACAAAGUAAUGCCGUUCGGUUUAAAAAAUGCCCCUGCUACCUUUCAAUGGUUGAUAAACACAGUUUUCGUAAAGCAGCUGGGGAGGUAUAUAGAAGCCUAUAUUGACGACAUGAUUGUAAAAAGCAAGCAGAAGAAGGAUCACCUUGACGACUUGAGAGAAACCUUUGAAACCGUCAGGACAUACCAGAUGAGACUCAAUCCCAAGAAGGGCAUUGAAGCAAAUCCGGACAAAGUGCAAGCGGUCAUUGAUAUGAUGUCGCCAAGGACGGUUAAAGACGUGCAACGCCUCACUGGAUGUCUCGCCGCCUUGGGACGAUUCUUAUCUAGAGCUGCAGACAAGUGUCACUACUAUUUCAGUACCAUCAAAAAGGGGACCCAGUUUGAGUGGACGACGCAAGCUGAGGCUGCCCUCCUCCGUCUAAAAGAACAUCUGCACACCUUGCCACAGCUGGUCAGCCCCCUCUUGGGGGAAGUUUUGUAUCUGUAUCUUGCCAUCUCAGAAUAUGCGCUAAGCGCCGUCUUGCUUACAGAGAGGGAGGGAACGCAACUACCUGUGUACUUUGUCAGUCACAUGUUGCAAAAUGCUGAACUCAAAUAUCCAACGGUCGAAAAUUUUGGUUUUACUCUGUUCUUGGCUAGUAAGAAGCUUCGUCCAUAUUUCUUGGCCCAUCGAUUGGUGGUAUACACGGAUCAACCGCUUAAGCGACCUUUCACCAACCUUGAAGCGUCAGGAAGAAUGCUCAAUUGGGCAAUUGAGCUUCACGCGUUUGAUAUCUCAUAUGAACCAAGGAAGUGGAUAGUGCAUGUGGACGGCUCUGCUACUCAGAAGGGGUCAGGAGCCGGCAUUAUCUGUGAGUCACCAGAAGGAGAUAUCUAUGAAUAUACAAUGCGAUUCAACUUUCAGGCAUCAAACAACGAAGCCGAAUACGAAGCCCUGAUAUGUGGAAUUCAGAUGAGCAGAGCCGCAGGGGCAGCAGACGUCCUCGUUUUGUCUGACUCGCAAUUAAUUGUCAGUCAGGUCAAAGGAGAGUAUGAGGCUAAGGACGAGGCCAUGAUAAGAUAUUUGGAAAAAGUCCGCCAAGAAGCCCAACAGCUGUCUAACUUUGAAGUAAAACACAUCCCCCGGUCUGAAAACAACAAGGCAGACGCUUUAUCUAAACUGGCAAGCUCAGCAUCCUGCGACACCCCACGUCAUGUAUUCUGGGAGGUAGAAAGAUUACAAAAGAAAUGUACAUGGUUUGAGAUAUGGAAUGGAACACUAUACAAAAAGGCCUUCUCACGGCCACUUCUCCGCUGUGUAACCCCCGAGAAGGGGCAAGAGGCGGUCUUGCUGAGAAAUCCUUCUGAAAAGAAUGUCAUCAAAACUCUCGGAGAAAUGCAAACUAAUGCUCUCCCAAAAAGACUAGUCGUUUAA